CGAAAGACGCACGGCUAAUAUCUCAGAAUGCAUUCAGGUGACGAAGGGACAUGUCCCGAAGCAAGGCACUCUCAUACCUCACAAAGAAAGAGCACUAAGUAUCUCCCUAGCAACUGUCUGAAAGUGAGAAGCGUCACUUCAGUAAGUACGGAAAGCUGCUGCGUGGAGGCUCACUUGGUAAAAGAACUAAGGAACGAAUGUACUUCGACUCCGGCGACUUCGCUCUUUCCGCUGGUAAUUGCGAGACGGAUAAUGGUGCUAUCCAAACAGGAAAAGAGCAUCCCCACCGUGACAGCAUUUCGCAUCCUUACGCCGCUAUCCCAGCCGCGAGCAAUGUUGAUAAGAAUGCAAACGAAGACCUGUAUAGGAGGAGUGCAAGCCCUGCAACGAGUCCUCUCCUGCAGCAGACAAAUUUCAAAGAUCAAGGAUCCAAAAAGGAUGAGGGACAGGAUAAGCCAGCCUCUCAAGACUGUUAAAACGGAACUAUGGCCUUCAGAUUGAUGAUAUUAUUUAACAGGAUAGCAAGAGUAGCACAAACAGUGAAUAGGUUUCGUGCAGGAGU